AUGAAGGAUGAGUUUAAAACUCACAUUAAAUCACAUUCUGAACUUCAGGAGACUAUAACACGUAAAAAAGUUAAGUUUUUACAACUUGGAUUAACCUUGCAGCCGUUAGUUAUAAUAGUUGGACCUAAUAUAAACGAAAUAACUCAGUAUUUUGUUUAUGUCAAUGGUACAUACUAUGUAUUAAACUCUAUACUGUCGUCAGUCGACUGUUGUUUCAAAGCAAUACAAGCCUUAAAUUUGGAGUAUUCAUUAGAAAGUAUCCCAGUUUGGUCAUUUGUACAAAAAGGAUUUUAUCAAAUCAAUACUGAUUGGGAUACAGAAUUUGUGUCGGUUAAUUCUUUGUUUAGUGAUAUAGGAAUGAAUGAAACUAUAGUAACACUAUAG